UGGCAAAGAGCGUGACGAGAGGGAAGAGUUAGCAGCCUGAAAGUAGCUCUUACAGUUUGCACAUGAGUGAGCAUAUUGAUCUGGUAAAACAUCCAAAUUAAAAUGACUCUUCCGAUCAUGCAUGUGACAUAUUGACGAGUCAAUUAACCCUUACAUCGGCAAAUGACGACUUUACAGCAUAAGCAAGCUUUCGUUUUCUGCUGGUGACGGUCCCAAACUCCGCCCCUAUAUGUGUCAGAUUGGGAUGACAUUACUUUCUUAAUUAGAUCACCGAUAACCUGGUCGCUCGAUCGAUAUAGCUAGUGAGGUUCCAAAAGUUUAAGAAUUGGUUUAUUAUGCGGGCAGACCAUACACCAACCUUUAGAAUUGGGACACCUUAAAAUCCUCUUCAACAUUUCAUAGGAGUCAUUCUGCUUUCCAUUAUUGGCUCGGAAAUCAUCACCGGGGCGUUCCAUGCAGGUGAUAUCGCAAACAUUUUGACUGCAUCUCUCGUACAAAUCAGUGCUAAGGUGAACAAGGUAUUCAAGACUGAGACAAUCAGAGACGUCACUCAAUAUUUGAAAGAUGGGAAGCCCUAACAAACUUGGCGAGUACGGAAAAGACAUGUUGGAGUUUGUCGAGCAGCUCUGGAGCGAUCUGGAGCAGCAUUCACCGGUUCCCGACGUAAAGCCGGGUUUUCUUCUCGAAAGGUUGCCCCAAGAAGCCCCCGAGAAACCCCAACCGUGGAACGACAUCAUGGCGGAUGUCAAAAAUAUAUUUGUUCCUGGGAUGACACAAUUCCACAACCCAAACUUUCACGCCUAUUUCGAGGCAGGGACUUCGGCGGCUUCAGUGGUUGGCGACAUGCUUGCGAAUAGUCUGGCUACUCCUACGUUUAGCUGGCAAUCAGGACCUGCCUCCACAGAGCUUGAGAUGAGAAUGAUGGACUGGUUUGGAAAGAUGCUUAAUCUACCGGAUGAAUUCAUAUUCAGCUCGGAAAAGAAUACCGGUGGUGGUGUUAUUCAGGAGAGUAACACGGGCGCGUUAACAUUGAUGUUUACAGCAGCCAAGAUGAGACUGCUCCGCCAACUCCGUGGGAACGAUCUUGACAUUAACCCAUAUGACGUCACGUCGAAACUCGUCGUCUUUACCAGUGACCAGGCUCAUGUGUCAGUCCAGCGCGUGGGGACAGUGACGGGGAUCCGGGUUCGUACUUUGCAGACAGAUGAAAAGGGAUCCCUGCGAGGAGAAACAUUAAAAGAGGCCAUAAAACAAGCGGAAAAUGAGGGCCUCUUUCCUUUGCUGGUCUGUGCAACAAGCGGUACUACUUCGACGUGUGCUUUCGAUAACUUGCAAGAAAUCGGAGAAAUAUGUCAAAGCAAAGAAGUUUGGCUUCAUGUUGACGCAGCAUAUGCAGGUAGCUUUUGCGUUUGCCCAGAAUUUAGGCCUCUUAUCAAUGGCGUACAGUACGUCGAUUCUAUAUGCAUCGGACCGCAGAAGGCCAUGAGGGUCCAUCUACCCUACUGUGGGCUGUGGGUUCGAGACCGCUAUGCGAUGGAACGUACGUUUGAUGAUGAUCCUAUUUACCUCAAACACAACUACCAGAACAAGGCCGUCGAUUAUAAGAACUGGUCCCUCUACCUUACCCGUCCAUGCAGACCUCUUAAGAUGUGGUUUGUCUUGAGACUACUGGGGAUUGAGGAACUUCAGAAGCACUUGAGAAAGCAAGUCCGUCUUGCGCACGAGUUUGAGGCUCUUGUCAGAAGCGAUGAUCGUUUCGAAAUCGUAGCCGAUGUCAUCCUCGGAUUGGUGUGUUUCCGGCUGAAGGGACCAGACGAACUAAGCAAACGCCUUUUAGAGAUGGUCAACGAUCAGGGAAAGAUCUUCAUCAAUUUCACCGAAUACAAGGGCCGAUACGUCAUACGGUUUCCGAUCUGCAGCGCAGCGGCCGAAUCAAGGCACAUGACUUUUGCUUGGAGUAUCAUCGCCGACGCCGCCAACGAGGUACAGAGUGAGCACGAUCAAGAGGGAUUGCUGUUGAUCAAUGAACAAGCUAGUGAACUGAUUAUAUCCAAAGAUGAGUUACGGGAAUACAAGAAAAACGGAUGCAUCAAUGGACAUUUUCUGCAAAUACGUUAACGAGAUUACAUUCCUGACAAUUUCUGAGGAAAAUCAUGAAUUUGAUCAAUAAUUUCCAUUUACUUGAUUUCUUCAAAGUUUCGUGGAAUAUCAAAAAUCUAUUCUUUUAUUCCUCUUUACUUGAUUUAUUCAAAUUUUCGUGGAGUAUCAAAUACUUAUUGUUCUGAUAGAAUUUGACUUUAUUCAUGUUUUUAACUAUAGGCUGAAAAUGUUUUUUUUUUUAAAUACCUUUAAUGUCGUUCGCGUUGUAAGUGCGCAACUCGUUUCUGGAAUACUUCCCAAGGGAGUGGAGAUUACGCAUACGGUGUAUGCGGGAUCGCCAGAAUCUAUAGUGAUCAGGAAAUUCUGUAAAACGUUUGGAUAACUUCUUUCCUACGUGAUACGCGCUCUAUGGAAAACGGAAUAUUAUAAAGGACCCAUACCGAUUCUCUAAUAUUCCCUUCUUUAAAUAAACGAUUUAUUCGAACUUUGCAUCAAACUAUUUUGUUCCAUUGGAUCAGUGUACAGUCAAAUCUUUUCACACCGCUGAUAUUACCAUGUUCAUGCAAUUAAGAUGAUAAAAAUGAUGUGUGUAAUUAAAAUUAACAAGAACUGUGUAAAGAUUUAAUGAAGAUGCUUGUAGAUGCGCAAAGGGCAUAUUUAUAUGUUUUAUACUUUACAAUAUCUUACAAUAAGGCAGCCUCUUUAUUUUUGCUCUAUAGUUGCUGGCAUUCGAGAGUAUGUUUUCUAGAUUUAAAAUAACAAAAAAAAACAGCACUUUAUGUCCUGAGUUGCAUAUGGCCGUGAAUUUUUAAAUGUUUAAAACUAAAACCUUAUAAUAAUAAUAAUUAAUAUUGAGAUUAAGACAUGGAACAAUUUACCCAACAAAGUUCUGAAAUCUCAUUUGAACACUAAGUUUAGUAAAGUUUGGCUAUUUCAUUUCAGGGGACUCAGUCGCAGGGGUUGGGAGAGAAGGUCCCAGGAUUUUUUUUUUAUUCGAACCGGUUUCAUUGUUCAUUGUUGUAAUGCCAACAUGUUACGAACCCUGGCGAAAUACCAAAUUCGAUCGCUACGUUCGCAAGCAUUUUACCGCUUAGUGUGAGAAACUAAAUCCUAAAAUCUAAUUCGAUUAAAAACUAAUAGAAGGAAUUUUCUGCUUAUCAAAUUGACCAUUCAAAUUAUCAUGAUGUAUACUUAUAGCGCCAAAAAUAUGUAUUUUUUUCUGUUUGAUGUUAUAUAAAUGUAAAAUGACAGACUUCAUUACGUGAUUAAAUAAUUAAUAAUGUAUGUAUUUCAAAAUUAAAAGAGAAAGAGAACUAUUCGCUUGAUAGUCUUCAAAUCGGAUUGGACGGGAAACAUUAGCUUGAUAUUUUGAUCGGGGCAGUUGGUGAACGAGAGGCGGGAAGGGCCGAGAGACGGGGUUUCAAAUACGACUGGACAAUCACGAAUCUUUGGCCUGAUGACUAAUGUGUCAAUAGAUUGAUUAUGGAUAUUGGCGAUUAAAAUCCUGCUUUUGUGUAAUGCUUAUCUAGCUUGUACUUUCUUGACAAAUAAAACCUUCCAAUACCAGUAUACAAACAGA